ACCGUGUACGCAAUUUCUCUUCUUAUCUUAUCUUCUCCAGAUCUGAUAAGUGAAAUCCGUCAAAACAUGGCUGAAUCGCUCCUCUUCGGCCUUGCAGAGUCGUUCAUUGUGAAACUAGCUUCUAGUGCUGUUAAACAAGCUUCUCUUGCGCUUGGCGUCUACCAAGAUUUGCAAGAAAUCAGAGACACCAUUUCAUUCAUCAAAGCAGUGCUGCUGGAUGCUGAGAAAAAGCAGCAUCAAAACCAGGAGCUUCGUGAAUGGAUGAGACAGAUUAAGCGCAUCUUCUCCAAAGCCGAAGACAUUAUCGACGAUUUUGAGUGCGAGGCACUGCAGAAACAAGUCGUCAACACUUCCGGCAGUAGGAGAAAGAAGGUACGGCGUUUCUUAUCAAGUUCUAAUCCUAUUGUUUACCGCCUUAAAAUUGCGCAUCGUAUCCAACAUAUCAAAGAGAGCUUGAAUAAGGUUGCAGAAAUUAGAGAUAAAUUUGGCCUUCACAUCAAAGAGAGUGAUGAUCGUGUUGUGCAAAGACGGGAAACUCAUUCUCAUGUAAAUGAUUCUGAUGUGAUAGGAAGGGAACAAGAUAAACAGAAAAUUGUAGAACUCUUAUUCGACGAUAGUGAUGAUAAAAAUCUAUCUGUUGUUGCUAUUGUGGGACUUGGAGGUAUGGGAAAGACUACACUUGCAAAAGUUGUGUUUAAUGAUAAGAGUGUAGUUGACUCUUUUCCAUUAAAGAUGUGGAUAUGCGUCUCGGAUGAUUUUGAUGUUAAGAAUCUGCUUGUUAAGAUUAUUGGAUCUGCUCCUGACCAAAAUCACCAGGAGAACAUUAAAAACUUUAGUUUGGAGCAACUGAAAAAUCGUCUUAGAGACAUACUUGCUGGUCAAAAGUUCUUACUUGUUUUGGACGAUGUGUGGAAUGAGGAUCGUGUCAAAUGGGAAGAAUUUAGGGGUUUAAUACCAGCAGGUGCUCAAGGAAGUAAAGUACUAGUGACUUCACGUAGCGACACGGUAGCUAACAUGAUGGGCACUUACACUUCUUACAAUUUGCAAGGGCUUUCUAAAGAGGACUCAUUGUCUGUAUUUGUAAAAUGGGCUUUUAAAGAGGGAGAAGAGAGUAAACAUCCUGAACUAAUGGAGAUUGGAAAAGAUAUUGUGCUUAAAUGUGGAGGGCUUCCAUUGGCCCUAAGGACAUUGGGGAGUUCGCUGUUCUUAAAAGUUGAUAUACAAGAGUGGAAGUUUGUUAGGGACAAUGAGAUUUGGAAUUUACCGCAAAAAGACGAGGACAUUUUACCAGCAAUCAAAUUAAGUUAUGAUCAAUUACCUUCUUAUUUAAAACAGUGUUUUGCUUGCUUCUCCCUCUUUGAAAAAGACUUCCAUUUCAACAGUUUUCAUACAAUUGUACUCUGGGAGGCACUUGGUUUUCUUCAAUCACCAAACAAGGGUGACACUUUGAAAGAUAUUGGCAACAAGUUUUUAAAAGAGCUACGGUCAAGAUCUUUUCUUCAAGAUUUUAUUGACUAUGGUUAUGCUUGCAAAUUCAAAUUGCACGAUCUAGUGCAUGACCUUGCAUUGUAUGUUUCAAGAGACGAGUUUCAAUUGUUGAACUCCCAUAGUGACAAUAUAUCUGAAAAUGCCUUACAUUUGUCAUUUACUAAAAAUUAUUUGUUUGGAAAAACUCCACUUCCCAGAGGUUUGAGAACCAUACUUUUCCCAGUCGGAGUCAACAACGAAGCUUUCUUGAAUACUUUGGUAUCAAGGUGCACAUGCUUGCGGGUUUUGCAAAUAAAUAAUUCUGGAUAUGAGAGCUUGCCUAGCUCCAUUGGUAAAUUAAAACACUUGAGAUAUCUCAAUCUUGAAGAUAAUGAAAAACUCAAGAGCGUCCCUGAUUCAGUGUGCAAACUCCAAAAUUUAAUAAAUUUGGACCUCAGUGGAUGCAUAAAGCUACAAGAAUUGCCCAAUGGAAUAGGAAACUUAAUCAGUCUACAACAACUACAUAUAACCACAUUGCAAUCUAAAUUUCCAGACAAUGAGAUUGCAAAAUUGACUUUUCUAGAAAUAUUAACGCUUGUUGAUUGUGACAACUUGGAGUCAUUGUUUGAAGGAAUAGAAGAACUUCCGAGUCUUAAAUUUUUGGAUAUUUAUUCUUGUAAGAGUCUAAGGUCAGUGCCUCUUCAUGUCAUUCCAAACUUAGAGAGUUUGUCUAUUGGUAACUGCUAUAGGUUGAAUUUGUCGAUGGGCCAUGACAACCAAAUUGCCAAGUUAAGGUUAAAGUUAUUGGCUCUCGAAUCUUUGCCACAACUGCUGGCUUUUCCUGAGUGGCUGCAAGGAUCUGUGAACACAUUACAGUCCUUGGUAAUUGUUGAUUGUGACCAUCUUAAGGAUCUUCCUGAGUGGCUGUCAACUAUGAUUUAUCUCAAAACACUUUCAAUCCAAGAUUGUCCAACACUGCUUUCGCUCCCAGAUGGUGUGCAUCACCUCCGAAACCUUGAAUAUUUGAAAAUUAAAGGUUGUCCUGAAUUGUGUAGAAGAUACGAAACAAAAGUUGGACAGGAUUGGCCCAAGAUAUCACACAUCAAACAAGUUAUUAUUGAAUCACCCGAGCUAGAAGAUUAGAUGGAAUUCAUGGGUAUCAAAAUCAAAAUUUGAAGAUAAUGGAUUGCAUGCGAGAAAAAAACCGUGUUGUACGUAGCUAACUGGUGCAUUAAAUGAUUUGCAAGAAUCCAGGGUUUGGAAAUCCUUCACUGGUUGCAAUCUUGCAAUGUGAUACCCCAAGCUUCACUGAUUGCUUCUGUUCUGCACUUUGCAUCGCAUGUUGGAACUUGACCAUCAACGUUGUGUUUUUUCUUGUUUGAUGAAUGUACUUCGAGUUUUAUACACUUGUGUUUAGGAUUGGAUAUUUUAUUUUAGUUCAAAAAAAUAAAAAAACUUGAAAGACCUGCAUAAUUUGUACUUUUAUUUAUUUCAUUUGAUCGAUUUUAAGUA